AUGGGUUUUUUUGCUGAGCUGUUUAAGAAACACAUUUAUACCUCCUCAGUAAGCCAGCUGCCCGUGGCUUGCCAGUUGAUCCAGUCCUCCCACCAGCGCUGUGUGUUUUUCUUCUUGGGACUUAGGUGAGCCCUUGCAUGUCUCUUAUUGACCCCCCCCCUUGCUGUUCUAAAAGGCUGAAAGAAAGAGUAGAAACUCUGUGGUUCCUAGAUUAAUGAUUCUUGACUGGGGGGAAAAGGAUCUAAACCCCAGUGUUGGAGUCAAAGUCUGUCCUCUGAGCACCCAUCUGUCUUUCCUUUCUUUAGCCUGUUACAGCAAUCAAUUUCAUCGGACUUUGUUGCUCGUCCCACUCCAUAAAAGUGGCCUUUGCUCUCAUGAUUCAAGAGCUGGAAAGCUCAGAUUUACUCCGUCCUCAGAUUUAAUUCCCAUGAUGUUAAGGAGUCUGCAGUGUAAAUUUGCACUGUGAAACCUGAGCUUGAGAAUGCAGUCAAAUCUCCCUGCUGAAAACAUGGCCUGUUUCUACAUUAAAACUUGCUCGGUAGAGAAAGCCUAACCAGAAAAAGGAAAAGAAGAAAGCAUACGAUUUUGCCUUUCAGGAAAGAAAAGCAUAACUAAUUUGAGUCAGCUUGCUCUCUGUUCAGUAAGCAAUUUUGGGGCGGUAGGGAGCAGAUGGAAAAGCCACUUGUUGAAGAAGGAAGGGGAAGAUGUAAUGCUUGACCGCGUGACCUUUUUCGCACUUGCUGCUAAGAAAAUGACUAAAAUAGAGUGCUUUGUUUUCAGUGAGUCUGAGUGGCACUGGUUUCACAAGUAGCAUGCUGACAUUUCUGCAAAAAAGGCAACUGACAAGUUGGGAUAUACUGUAGAAAAUACAGAAAGGAUACAAAACUGCAAAUUACACAAACGUCUAUUUUGAUGAUUGGCGUGAUUUCCCUCUGUUGUUCCUUAUUUGUCUUUUGUUUUAUUUCUAGCAUAUAUCACGCCCACUGUCAUUUGCACCUUUGCCACCUGUGGUUACCACAGUGACACCCCAUAUUGGCCCUCCUGAGUCACUGGGAAAGGCAGGCCACAAUCCAAGGAGACAGCUGCAGCUUCUUUGCAAGCCAUUUUUAGAAGCACUUUCUUCUCCAUUAUGUGAUAGGCCCUACACAUUUUUCAGGAUAGGGUUUCUUUCGGGAGGUCAGCCAUGGCCUUCGGGGGUGUCCUUUCUGGCCAUCUUUUAACUCUUCCUUGUCUCAUUCUGAGUAUAAUGGCCAUCCGUUUGCGAUCCAAAGAUAGCAAAGUAGUUACUUCAUACACUGUUGGGCGGGGGGGGGGGGGGAGGCACAUACCUUUUAAAUAAUCGAUUUGAAACAAUAUAAAAAUACAGGGAAACCUUAAAGUUUAAUGCAACUUGUUCCCGAGAAGCCGCUGAAAUGGAAGCAAAUUCCUAAAUGUAUAGCUGUGUGCUUCUCUGGUUACCACCAUUAUGGCAGUCAGUAGAAUGCAUACAUGUACUGAUAAGAAUCACUUGCAACAAAAUGUAAGCUAUUGACUAAGUAGCAAAGCAUGCUUUGUCUCCUCACAUGGGCUGCAAUAUGAGUUUAUUGCAGAGGUUUCAGCACACAGUGUUUCUACAAGGGUUAAAACUUGCAUGUUUUCUGGAAGGCUUGGUAUAGAUAGGUUUUUCCCAUUGUGACUGAGCAAAGAGUAUAUUUGUUUGUUAUUGUAAGCUUGUAUUUGUUGUGUUAUAAAAGGAAAAAUUAAUACAAAUUAUAUGGGGGGUGGGGGAGAAAAUGUAUUUGGCAGCCUUCCAUAAAUUUGGCAACUACUUCCUCACUCAGCAGAUGGGGAGCAGUUGGGCAAUAAGUACAAACCAAUUUCUGUUUUCUAGUAGUGACCAAUGUUGUUUAAUCCAAACAAUACACUUGUAUUAAAUAUAUAUAUAUAUGCCUUUGGUUUGUUGCAGGUGCUCAUCAACAAAACCAAGAUGUCUGAGUAAGUUACUGUUGUGUUUAUCUUGUGGAACACAUUUUUAAAAAACACAAAUCUAGAGCUACAAUUUUUCUUUCAUUCCCGUCAACAAGAAGUAAUACUUUUCUGCACUCCCAUCUGUCUAACGCAUGGGCUGCAUCGGCUUCUCUGUGCAUAUCGUCAGCUGGAUGGAGAGAGGCACAUGCAAAUAGAUUGUGUACACUGGGCCGUCCCCCAUGCCACCCAGCGGCUGGAGCUGUGUGCAAAGAGCUCUUUCAAAAACUUACAAUUCUUCUGGUUAUCUGGCUUCUCUUUCCUCUUCCUUCCCUGCCAAACAAUAGAUGGGUGGGAUUUUAACAUUUGCAAAAAUGCUUCGCCCACUAUUGCCCCGAUUGCUCCAUGCUCAGUCUUUUGGAUCAGAGAAUCUGUCUUUUUAUUCUUGAAACUAACCAUCUGUUUUUCCUUCCCUGCUUUCUGCUUGUGUCUAUUUCUUUCUCCCAAACCAGUGAAGAAGUAAGUUUCCCUUUCUAUUUUGGCUGGGGUGGAUGGGGUGAGGUUCAUGGGUAGAACUUUGGAUCAGAAGCGCAUUGGCAUGGUCAUGCUAUCAGUCUGGGAUAAACUCUGCCCUCUUGGAGAAGAUCUUAUAGGGCAGUGAAGAUUACUCAUCAACCAAAAUGCAUUGUCGUUCCUCCUCCUCUAUAAGCGAGUUUCAAACAUUCCAUUCCACCCUCCCAACAUUCCACCACAAGAUGGAAUCUACAAUGGAGCUAUGGAAAUUAAGAGACAUCUGUGUGUGUGUGUGCGCGCACGUGCCUGCGUCUGCCUGUGUCCAUGCAAAUUUAGGCUCUCCUCAGUGGCACCCUUUAGUGCAACCGUUUCAUUUUUCUUGCAUAAAUGAAAGGUUCUAACUAGAAGAAGUGAAAUGCUGUCCCACUUGGGAACGAUGCCAUAGGAAAGCUUGCACCCCCAUCUCUGAUACUGGGUUGCCUUGCCCCGCCCCCAUCAAAGAACUUCCAAGGUGUGCAAUGAUAACAAUAAUAUAAUAAUAAUUAUUACUUAUACCCUGCCCAUCUGGCCAGGCCUCCUCAACCACUCUGGGCAGCUUUCAACAAUGAUCCUCCAUGCAAAGCUCACAACUAUGUUUCACUCAAAGCCAUCCCCCUAGUACACUACUUCUACUAUAAUAAUAGGUGGUUCAAUAGUGGUAUUUUUAAAAAUCCAACAAGAGGAUGAUGUGCUCUUUGGGGGCUCUUUUUUCCUGUUUGCCAUUGCUGACACUGCAAUAAGGAAAUGUGGACACCUUUUUGCCAGGCUGACUUAGAAAUUGUGUUAGCAGCUUCUGUGGGUAUUAAUAGAUUACUCACAGAAGAGCUAUUAGAGUGGAGCUCUAGGGACUGGCGUUGACCAGAAGGCAGAUCCCUGCUUCUUUAAGCUGCCAAUAUGUUUGUCCACAUUUGUCAUCUAAUCUCAUCCUGAUGGAAGGCAGUGAAAGCAGAGACACUAGAAGUUGAGAUUAGGAACAAUGGUCUAGGACUCUAGGACAUUAAUGAGUACCUUAUGUACCUUCAGAAAGUUUUAGCAGGGCAAGGCAUGUGUUACUUCUGCUCUGCUCAAACUCUAGAGAAGAUUGUGGAGUUUGGAAUGCCCUCUGGGCAUCUGCAGAGAGACCUAAUGCAACCUGGUUAUGCGUGGAGGUGAAGCUGAGCAUUGUUGUGCAUUCUCUGAAGUCUAUGACAUAGCAAGGUGUCAAGGGCAUCACUGACCGUUCUUGACUGGAUGCUUCUGUGCAUGUGAAGUAGCAUGUUCAGGCUACAGUAGGCCUUUCCUCACAAGCAUAGAUGCAAGAUGCAGUCAGUGAUCUCACUGCCCCCUUGCCAUGCCAGAGGCCUGCAGGCAUACAUGAUUAUGCCAUGAUAGAUCUUGGAUGCCAUUCCAGGAGCUGCUGAAAUGGAGUAGGUGAGGUCCCUGUUCUGCUCCAAAAAUCUUACUGUUGUAACUGGAACAUUUGCUAGCCCAAAUUUUGGUUGUAGCAGAAGGUGUCACACUUGGUCUGCCUCUGUGAUGGUUUUGGACUGUUCAGUGUUAGGUUGUUGUGGUGGUGGUUGUUGAAAGCAUGUAUGCCUUUAUUCAUUCAUUUGUUUGUUUGUUUCCCAUCCCUCCUAUUUAUCUAAAAGGAUCCCUAAAGUAGCUUACACAUAACAUAGCAAACUGCAGUCAUAACUGUUUAAAAUCAUUAAAGCCAUCCAAUUAAGACCACUAAUCAAAAUUAAGCAACUAAUACAAGAGAACAAACAGACAUUAGUUUUACAGUCUUAACAAUUAAGUAACCCCCCUCAAGGGCUUUAUUUUUAUUUUACCUGAUCCCUAACAGUCAGAAGGGAGGUGUCUUGGUGGACUUCCUUGGAUGGAUAGUUUCAUAGUGCAGGGGAAACCACUAAAAAGGCCCUGAGUUUUAUAACCACCUUCUAGGCCUCAGAAAUCUAGAGCAGCUGAAGAAGGGCCUAUCAAAACAUAUAUGACUUACCAUAUGGGUUCCUUUUCUUACUGGUGUAUUUGGUUUCUUUUCUUUUCACUUGGGAACAAACUUUCCCUCUCUUUUGCUUAGUCCCCACCACAUGUAUUAAAAUGGAUUUUCCCAUAGGGAUAAAUUGCACAAGAAAGAGUUACAAAAUGGGCUUCUGGAAGAAGCAUCUCAUAGCAUACGUAGGCGCACUAAUGAUAGAUUUUGACCAAAGCCUACUGCAGUACAGCCAAGUCUUUCCAUUGCCUUUAAAAGUCACUUUUAAAAGGCCAAAUUCUGGUCUGGCUGCCCCCAUACUGUGGUGACCUUAUCAGAUUUCUUAAACAUUCAUGACUUGGAUGGGAUGCCCUCAAAUGAAAGUACAGCAAGCAGGUCAGGGAGCUAUUCAAAACAUGAAUGGCUAUUCCCUCUGCCCCAAAGCACCAGAGAUAGAAUGUGCUGUUGUUAUGAGGAGCCAACUUGCAGAAGCAAAGGGUCCAAUUAGCAUAAUUUGAGGGCAAAUUUUGACAUCUAUACCCAAUUGCCUCUUGAAGCAAUGUCAAAAGACAUGCCUGGGGGAGGGGGAGAAAUCGGCUGUGACUGUGAGAAGGACAAAACACUUAAGUAACCCACUUCUUUCUCAUUUUGCUUCUUGCCAUUUCAGAAAAGGAAGAGGGCAAUCACUGCCCGCCGGCAGCAUCUCAAGGUACCUUUUCUCUCUGGUCGUUCCUAACAAAACGACUUCUGUUUCUUUCUUACUUUUCCCCUUGGGUAAGAGAUGGGGAUGGUAAAAAGCUCUAAGCCUCACAGCACUGAACUCUGCCUGAGUGGCCCCUUUUCCAAAGGGCUCCUUGACAUCUACAGAAAACCGGCCUGACUAUUCCACACUCAGACCCUUUUCUAUUGUUGCUUUUCAUCUACAAGAGCUCUUUUAAAAUGUCAGACACUUGACGACAUGGAUAGGGAACUGGUGGCCUUCUAGAUAUUGCUUAAUGACAGCUCCCGCCAUUCCUGACCACUGGCAAUGCUGGAGGGGAGCUGUAGCUCAACAACAUUGGUGGGGCACAGGGUCCCCAUCCCUACUUCACAGCUUCUGCCAUGUUUAACUUUUCAAGUACAACAGCCCCACACUUGCCAUGGCGGUGGCAGCAAUGAUGGCAGUUUAGACACAGAGCUGCCACAAUCAUGUGAAAGAGGCCCCCUCGCCCAUAUGUCAACAGGGAAGGGGGCAGAUGGAUGGAUGGUGUUGAGACUUUUCCACCACACCUUUCCCCCCAAGUGUUUUUUUUUGCCAAGCUGAGGCAACUUGUGAUACUGGAGCUGAUCUGAGGAGAAAGGUGCUCAGGGAGAGAAACUGCAUGGACAUAAUCCACAAGUGUGUGUGUUGAGGGCAGGUAUGGUUUUGAACCUCUCACAUAUGGAUCCUUUUCAUUGUUAAAAUCAGCGCCUGCCCUCUCUUUCUACAUGAUUGGUGCAGCUGCAUGUUUAAGCAAACAGAACAUCUGCUGUUACAACUAGCUUGACUCUGAAUCCAAUCAUUAUAGUAUUCGUUUUACACAGGAUACUGAAGCUAAGGGGCGGUGGCUUUCCCAAGACCACCCAGUGAAGUCAUGGCAGAGCACAAGCCCUGGCCCUACACCAGAAAUGGGGGACCUGUGAACCUCUAGAUCAGGGGUAGGCAACCUAAGGCCUGGGGGCCGGAUGCAGCCCAAUCACCUUCUCAAUGUGGCCCGCGGAUGGUCUGGGAAUCAGUGUGUUUUUACAUGAGUAGAAUGUGUCCUUUUAUUUAAAAUGCAUCUCUGGGUUAUUUGUGGGGCAUAGGAAUUCAUUUAUCCCCCCCCCCAAAAAAAUAGUCCGGCCCACCACAUGGUCUGAGGGACUGUGGACCAGCCCAUGGCUGGAAAAGGUUGCUGACCCCUGCUCUAGAUAUUGUUGGCCUACAGCUCUAAGCAACCCUUACGGUUGGCUAUUCCGACUGGGGUUAAUAGGAGUUGGGAGUUCAAUAAAAUCUGGAGGGCCACAGCUUCCAAACCCCAUCCUACCCUUUCCCCAUUAGGCCCAUGCUGGCUCUGCCCAGUCCAUUUCUCUGUGCCCAGCACUUCACCCUGGUGGGUGUUUGUGUAUCAUUGUGUAUGAUGACGAUUGCCUUGAGAAGUCGUUCUGUUCCCCCAGUCAUUGUGCUUCUCCCAACUUUAUCCUCCAGAGUGUUAUGCUCCAGAUUGCUGCUGGUGA